UCAGGCGAAACUAUGAAGGAGUGUCUGUUCUUACAUUGUGACGUUGCCGGGAGACCAUACCGCCUCGAAGACUUCCGUGACCCGCUGCAGGAACUCGGUGUAUUGAAAGACGUGACCGGUAUUGGGCCCUUCCAAAUGACGCAUGUGUGGCUCAUCAAGCUACGAACUCCAGAGGUGAAGGAAGUGCUGGUUAGAGCGGGAGGCCUGGAGGUAAAAGGGCGCUUUUGCGCCGUCAUUGACCCAGUGCAACAAGACAUCACACUCAAAGUGCACUGGGUUCCAUUCCACGUUACCGGGGAAGCAUUGAAGAAGGCUUUCGACCCCUAUGGCGAAGUGAAAGAAGUAAGACAAGAAGACUGGAAGGUGAGGGGCUUCGAACAAGCUGAGUCUACCACGCGUAUUGUGCGGAUGACGCUCCGAGAGAACUUAACACCGGACGCUCUGCCCCAUUUGUUCAAGAUAUUUGGUGGCUCUGUGCUGGUUGUCGUUCCCGGGAGAGCUCCGAUUUGCCUGCGGUGUCGACGCAAAGGACACAUUAGAAGAGACUGCAGAGUGCCAAGGUGUUCCGAGUGCCGGGAAUUCGGCCAUGAAGCACAUGAUUGCGUACGUACGUAUGCAAGAGUUACUGGCAGCACGCAACCCGACGACGAAGGUCUCGAAUUGAUGGAAGAGGAGGUAACGGAGAAACCGACAGCGUCCUCGGAAACGCCGGUUCAACAGGUGGCAAGUGUCGCAAAAAAGGUGGCAACGCCAUCCGCGUCGACACAGGACGCCACAGCAGGAAGAAAGCAGAGAGAAAGAAGAAGGAAUGAAGAAGAGAAGACACCGCCUGCGCCCGCAGAAACGGACCACGGGUGUGACGCGUUUAACGUGGAGAUGGACGCGGAGCCAGAGACGCCAUAUGAGACGCCGGAUGAGAUGGUCACUGAGGAGCCAGCCGUGCCUUCCAAGAGGCACCGAAGCGAUGCUCCAGAAGAGGAGACGCCGGCUGACAGUGUUCAGCGCCUGGAGCCGCAGUGGAUGGUGGUCCGGUCGACCCGGGCCAAGAAAGGGAAGUCCGCCCCACCGCAACGGUCAGCGUCGCUCACCCGAGAUGGGCAGGCGACGCAGUGACCAACGCGACUGGUGUCGCGGGUGCCCGUUGAAGCUGUCGUGCCGACAGGGACGCUCAGUUUGUGAGGGUUGCUAUUUGCUGGGGGCCUUACUGUUGUUUUGCUCUUGCUCUUUGAAAUGGCUAUGUCGUUAGCUCCAUUGCGCGUGGGAACCCUCAACGUUAGAGGUUUUAGGGCGAGACGGCGGCAGCGUCAGCUCCGACGCGUAAUGUUGGAAGAAGAUUUAGAUAUAUUGGCCAUUCAAGAGACUAAAAUAGAGAGUGAGAGUGAGACUGAUAGUAUGGUUGCACAGUUUAGUGACCGCUAUACUGUAUGCGUUAGUCAUGCUGUUGGCACAACGGCCGGUUGCUGUAUUUUUA